AUGGAUUCAUAUGACGGCUACGCCUCCCCAGGCAGAAAUCGCGAUCUCGCGGAUUCUCUUUCCGGACGAGGUCAAGGUGACUACCGUCGCCGAUCACCUGCGUCACAGGACAGACGCCGGGCUCGAGGCCGUUCCCGUUCGCCCAUGAUUGACCGCUACGAACCAUCAGACCGUCGUCCCAGGGAGGAUUUCUACAACAACUCCCGAGAGCAUGCUGCUCGCGAGCGCGAGGACCGCCGACGUCCCCCUUCACCCAAUGUCGCUAACAUCGAUCGUUACGUACCCGGCCAGGACUCUGGCAAGAGACCGCUUCCGACCAAUCCACUUCCUAACCCACUCAGUCUGGAUUUCCAGGUUGGCUUUAACUGGUUUGCGGAAUGGUGGAGGGCGGAAGAGGGAAUCAAAGAGGAGAAAGAACGUGCCAAGCUUGGUGGACGUCGCCCAUCUGACCGAGUCAAAGGAGAGCGGGAGGCCCGCGAUGACCGAGAGAAAGAGCGAGCCCAGAUCCAAGAAGCCUACGACAACUACAAAAGGAAUCUACAAGUUACAUUGGCUCGUCAAUUCGUUAUCCAACACCGAUCAGAAGAAUGGUUCAAAGAACGCUACGCGCCAGAAGUGCGAGAUCCGCUUCACGACUGUAUCAAACAAUACCGGAAAGGUGCAUACGAUCAAUGGGAGCGUGAUGUGCAAGCAGGAGUUUUUGAUGAUUUCACCCUAGAGGGUAUCUACAAGAAUGACAGUGACGGUGCGGGAGGUGUGAUCGAGAAAGAAGAAGGCGAGACUACUGCGGUGGGCGAAACCAUGGGUGUGUUGGAUCUCCUGCCUGUCCGUGGAGGCGAUCUUCGAGACGAAGCAUUAUUACAGCCUGCCUUACUCAUCAAGACCUUGGCUCCGAAUGUUUGCCGCGAUAAGAUCGAGGCCUUCUGCAAAGAGCACCUUGGAGAAAACGACGGAGGGUUCAAAUGGCUCAGCCUCAGCGACCCCAACCCAUCUAAAAAGUUUCAUCGUAUGGGUUGGAUCUUGCUUCAUCCUACUUCCAAUAACGGAGUCGUGGAACGAGGCGAUGGCCGCGAAGAAGAAGGCGAGCAGAUGGACCAUGAUGUCGGCAGUACCUUAAGCACCGCGGAAAAGGCCUUGGAGGCCGUUAACGACAAAACCAUCCACGACCCGAUCCAUGGUGACUUUGUCUGUCACGUCGGCGUACAUGUUCCCCCGUCGCAACCACGAAAGAAGGCACUUUGGGAUUUGUUCUCAGCACCUGAGCGAAUUGACCGUGACCUCGAACUUGCUCGCCGGUUGGUUUCCAAGCUGGAUGCUGAGAUGGGCUCGGAUGUAGAUGGGGUUUCCAAGAUUGAGGAGCGCAUCGAGGAUCUUCGGGGCAAGGGUUGGCUGCAGCCCCCUGUCACAGGCCCUGUGAGUGUCAAGAAGCCAUCCUACGAUGUGGACGGUUUAGAUGAGGGCGAGAUGGAGGAGGGCGAAGAGAAAGAGCCUACUGAAGAAGAUGAGAUUGAUGAUGAAGAGCUGUUAGCUAAGAAAAAGAAGCUUGAUUUGAUGGUUGAAUAUCUUCGUCGAGUCUACAAUUUCUGCUUUUUCUGUGUCUUUGAGAGUGAUUCAGUUCAUGAACUUGGCCGUAAAUGUCCCGGUGGACAUCUUCGUCGCCCCCGCUCUGGUCUCUCAAGUCAGGCUAAGCAAGUCGCUCGUGCUAGUGCAUUGGGCCAACCAUUUCCAGUCAAAAAGAAGGACCCCAGCGAAGAAGGCGAGGAACGAGGUUCCCCAGCCCCCGAAAAGCGACCACAGCGAUUGACCAAGUCAGAACAGCAGCUUCAGCGCGCGUUCAAUUGGGUCAAGACCUUUGAAGACAAAUUGCUGCAGAUUCUGGAACCUGAAAAUGUUGACCUGCGCAAGCUUGGAGGAAAGCCUGUAGACCAGGCAUUGGAAGAUGAGCUGGCGGGUUACGUCAAGCAAGAAGAUGACUCGCGCUAUCGUUGCAAGGUGCCCGAAUGCACAAAGCUCUUCAAGGCUCAAAACUUCUGGCACAAGCACAUUGAGAAGCGCCAUGCUGGAUGGCUCGAGACCAUAACACGAGAGCUUGGUCUUCAAUGGCCACUUCCCCUGUCCUCUGGUGGAAACCAAAGUGGAACCCCGCGUGGUUUCAGCCUUGCGAAUGUUCCCUAUGUGGCAAAUCCAGGGUCUCUACCUGGCGGCUUCCCCGCAGGUGGAAUGCCCGGGUUGAUGGGACCUGGUGCUACCUGGAACGGAAACGUAAUGAUGGGUGCUGAUGGUCCCAACCUGCACCAACCAGGUGUGAUGCGACGUGGUCAAAACCGACACAACAAUCGCUCCGGACCGUAUGAUCGUCGUCGAUACAACAACAACGGCGGUGCUGGCCGACUGAGUCCUGUCCGUAUGACCAAUAUGUAUGGCUCCGGGGGUGGUCGUUUCCCUCCUGCUAAUAUCACGGUCCCUCCCGGUCAUCCCGCUGCCAAUCUGGUUGCUGCUAAUCCAUUCCCCGAUGCCAUGGGCGCUGGUGGUGGUCCUCAAGCCAUGCCACCCCGGGAAGCGGUCCAAGGUCGCAGUCUGAAGAGUUACGAAGACUUGGAUGCUAUGGGUGGCUCUGGUAGUGGAGAGCUGAACUACUAG